ACUCUCCCGGUCGAAGCGAGAGAACGAGUGUCAACGCAAACUGCUGGACGCCGUUUUUCAGCCGGAAGUUCGGUUACACAGAGCAGUUAUCAAAUGAGCCGGUGUGGUCUGGUUAACUGACUGUCAGGAUGGACUAAGUGGUAGCUGACACUGAGCUGGUACCGGAAGAGAAGAAGAAACCUUCGCAGGACUGAAUGAGCCUCCAGCCAAUGGCGGCCCGCUGUGACGCGCGUGCCUCCAGGAGGAAGUCUCCUUCUACAGUGUUAUCUGCAGAUGUUCAGCAGUACACAGAGCCCCCACACAUUAAAGAAAAAGAGGAGAGAGAGCAGUUUCGAGUACCUGGCCCUGUGAAGAGAGAAGAUGAUGAAGCUCAGUCUUCACAGCUUCAUCAAAUGCAAGAAGAGAACGUGGAGGCAGAGCCAACCAGGAGCAUAGAUCCAGAUAGUCUUUUACAGCCGGGCUCCUCCAACCAAGCAGACACGGUGAAAUCAAAGCAGACCCAGAAAGGUGUAUCUGUCAGUCAACCAGCUAAGGCUUCAGACUCCAGUAAGUCUGAGCCCGAAGAUAGUGAUAGUGAUAGUGAUAGUGAUAGUGACUGGGAGGAGACAAAGAAACCUCAGUCAGAUUUAAGAAAGCUGAAAAACGAUGGCGUUACUGGAGGUAAUAUAGAACGUAACGCCAGCAAGAAGUCUUGUAGCUGCUCCAAGUGUGGUAAACCAUUUAAAGCCAACAGAAAAAGCUCUCCGGGAAUGGACCCCUCGGUUUGUUCAGUUUGUGUUCAGGGAUCCACACAAAGUGCCUGUUUAAUCACAAAGAAGAUAACUCAUUCAGGGGAAACCGUCUUCAGAUGUUCAGUUUGCAAGAGGCAAUUUAGCUACAAAGGAGACGCCGUGAGACACAGACGAAUUCACACCGGAGAGAAACCCUUCAGCUGCUCAGUGUGUGCUAAGAGAUUCACGCAGAGCACAGGCUUGGGCUCCCACAUGAGGACCCACACAGGAGAGAAACCAUUCAGCUGCUCACUCUGUCCCAAGCGGUUCAUCCGGAGUGGAGUUCUGGACCGACACAUGAGGGUCCACACGGGAGAAAGGCCUUACAGCUGCGCAGAGUGCAACGCCAGCUUCAGUCAGAGUCAGUCCCUGUUGAAACACAUGAGGAUCCACACAGGAGAGAAACCCUUCAGCUGCUCCGUUUGCAAUAAGAAAUUCACCCAAAAAGGACAUCUGACGCAACACAUGACACUCCACACGAGGGAGAAGUCCUUCAGUUGCCGUGUCUGUGGGAGAAAGUUCACCAGACAGUCUCGUGUGAACAACCACAAGUGUGUUCCUGAGAGCAGCAGUAAAUGAAACCGGAACUGUCAGGAGAAACUUCUCGCCUUGAAUGUCUCACUAUCCGCCCAAUAUGGGUGAAGUGGCUGAGGUAGAAGCAGCAUGAAUGUAUUUGCAAUAUGUACGCAAUUUUAAAUCAAAUUUUAAUUAGAAUGAACACAUCCUUUAUACAUGGAUGCAAACUAAAGAUUGACCGAUCAUCUUCGGCAAUAUUCAGCAUAUUUCAGAUAAUAGGAAUUCAUAUUAUUUUAUCCAAUUGCAGAUAUAAUAUAUUAAGUAAUGAAUGCACCACUUUGCCUCUGUCUGGAGUCACCAAUCUGUAGUCCGGGUCUACGCCCACAUAAGUGUCUGACACUGUUUGACGACGAUAUAUUGUCCCAGAAAUAUUUGCAAUAAACAUUUUUGUGAUUUUUAUCUGGUACAAUAAUAGCAAGUACACCUUUUUAAAAUAACAAUUCACUUUUAAUUACACAAACUAUUUAGUUAAUGGAAUUGGAAUGUGAAAGAAUAUCCUAAAUAAAGGAGGAGGCCUGGUGGGCUGGCCUCCUGCCAUGGCCCUGCUGAUGCCCCCCGCCCCCCUCUUCCUCGUUUUUUUUGGGAGUUUUUCCUGAUCCGAUGUUUGGUCCUGGGACAGGGAUGUCGUACGUGUACAGAUUGUAAA